ACAUGUACUGCCUUGUUCGAUCUUUAAACACCCAUUUCCUGCUGUAUAUCACUACUGUUUUAGUCACAAUGCUAAACUGAACGAGUGCACUUCAUUUCAGUACUCUACUUCUGGUUAGAGGAAAUGCUGAACACCACAAAUUGACCAAGAAUGUCAUGAGGAUAACACAAAAAAUUUGCACAGAGUCAUCUAGUCCAGUAUCGCUGCAAGAAACUCUUCAUCCCUCAGGCAUUGAGAGGUACUUACCACAACAAUAACAUCAGUUCAGAUGCAUUGAUGGCUGACUCAACUGCAGGCAUUGAUAAUGUCACCAGGACAAACUCCUCUAGCAACACCACAUGCCAGCUAUCCUCAAACACCUUGGCAAUGUCCACAAUGGUUGCCUAUUCGUUAAUAUGUACUGUCGGAAUCAUUCUCAAUAGCCUAGCUUUCUGGGUGUACUUCUGUCACAUUCCCAGCAGCAACAGCAUCAUCAUCUACUUAAAGAACCUGGUCAUAGCCGAUUUCCUGCUGGUCCUGACAUUGCCAGUGAGAAUUGUUGGUGAGAAUCAAGUGGGCUCGGCAGCACUGAGGAAAAUCUACUGCAGUUUUACAACAUGUAUAUUCUACCUGAACCUGUAUUCGAGUAUUCUCUUCCUGGGAUAUAUCGCAGCCACACGAUACUUAAAAAUUGUAAAACCACUCAAGAUUUAUGCGUUUCACAAAGUGAAGUCCGCAAAAAUUAUUGCUGGCCUAACAUGGAGUGUGCUUCUCAGCUUUGGAUUUUCUUACAUGCUCCUGACACUGAAAAACUCAUCCCAGAACAGACCGAAAGCCACAGCAACAUGCUUGGACUCGAGAAAAGGUUCAGGAAUUUACUGGCACAUCUGUCUUCACGUUGGGGGCACCGUUCUGUUCCUCUGCGUGCUCAUAGGGCUUUGCUUCUUUUACUUUCAAACAGCAAAGCGUCUCGACAAGUCUCCAUCUCCAAGCUCACUCAAGAAGCAAGCCAAGGCAAAGAACAACAUUCUAAUCCUUCUCGCCGUCUUCUUGGUGUGUUUUGUACCCUACCACACUGCAAGGCUUCCUUAUAUUUUGAGUCAGAUAAAUGUCAUCUCCGGAUGUUUCUGGAGAAAGACGCUCUACCACUUGAAAGAAUCAGCCAUCGUUCUGUCAACACUGAAUGCCUGCUUUGAUCCAGUGAUCUACUUCCUGUUUUGCAAGGCAUUCAGGUCAAAGUUAGGCCUGGAGAAAACGUCAAAGGAGAGUGAUUCACAUAAUGAACUGUCCUUACACGCUAAGGCUUCACGAUCCUUACUCGAUGAGCCAUCCAGCAGUCAAUUCAAUGGUCCCAAAACGUCUAACGUUAAUCUUGCAAAAUCAUCUUGAACUUGCUAAAGCUCGAUAUUACUCAAAUUACUAAGAUGAAAUAGAAGGAUCUUAAAAGAUGAUAAGUACAAUAAGGACACUAAACGUACAUAUCUACAGCAAAAGUAUUUCAAGAGUAGUAGAACUGUUCUUGAAAUUAUGAUCUCAGCCGAUGGUACUACCAGACAGUUCUGAUCCAUGCUUGACAUCUGGCCACCUAUCAGUUAACACAGUCGUCACUCAUUGAAGCAUAGUCAUGUAUGAUUGCAGCGAUUCCUUAACAAUAGAACAGACAUUUAUUAUACAAAAUGUAAAAACUAAUGUGGAAGUCACAGAGAAAAUAUCUAAAGUAUCCACUAAAACAAAAUUUUGAUCUAUUCCCCAAAAUCUUGUUCCAGCUCCAGAAAAACUAACCCUUCAUAUUGAAUCUUUAAGGCUGAUUUAGCUGAUUUGCACCAGUUCUUUCCUGUGAAAUGUGAUGUCUUCUGACAUGAACAUUUAUAAAACAGAGAUCAAAUCUGGAAGUUGGAAGUCACAUGACACCAGGUUAUAGUCCAAGAGAGCUUUUUGAAAUCACAACCUUCUGGAGCACUGCUCUUCCAAUUCCUGAUGGACUGUAAGCUGGUGGCUUAUGUUUUUAUGACCUUCAGAAUUCAAUGUCAAAAAAAAAGCAGAAGUAUGUAACAGUAAUGUGAAAAUUUCAAAAAAUCUGUACAAUUAUUCAUAUUAUUUCAUUGCACUUUUGAUACGACAGAGUGAAACAUUCUGAUCAGGAAAGUUCAGACAUCAAUAUGAUCAAGUGCUUGUAUAUAAAAGAUUAACAUGAUGGAACAACAUCCUCAGUAAAGAAACAUAGGUUGGCGCAUUCUUUCCGGGUACUAUUAUGAAUUUCACAUAUUGCACUUUGUGAACGCUCAUGUGGACUUUUGGUAAUCAAAGAGUUAACUGCUAGUACAUGAGUGAUAAUGGGAACUGCAGAUGCUGGAGAAUCCAAGAUAAUAAAGUGUGGAGCUGGAUGAACACAGCAGGCCAAGCAACAUCUCAGGAGCACAAAAGCUGACGUUUCGGGCCUAGACCCUUCAUCAGAGAGGGGGAUGGGGUGAGGGUUCUGGAAUAGAUAGGGAGAGAGGGGGAGGUGGACCGAAGAUGGAGAGAAAAGAAGAUAGGUGGAGAGAAGACUAUAGGUGGGGAGGGGAUAGGUCAGUCCAGGGAAGACGGACAGGUCAAGGAGGUGGGAUGAGGUUAGUAGGUAGGAAAUGGAGGUGCAGCUUGGGGUGGAAGGAAGGGAUGGGAGAGAGGAAGAACUCACCCAUCCCUUGGGUGGGAGGUUAGGGAGGCAGAGACAGGUUGGACUGGU